AGAUUUUCAUGGUCUUCUUUCUCUCUGUUACUUGCAUCGUAGAUAAAUUUUCUGCUUGUAUUGCGGUUGCUACUCCGGCGUUGCAAGGGUCUCCAAUGGCGAUUAAAGACUGAACUCGUACAGAACAAAAUCCGUGGAUGCGAGUCCUGCCUUUAUGUCAAAACAAGCCAAAAUGAGUUCUUUUUCGUUCUGACAGAAUUCUAGUGUUGGGUUCUUAAUUCUUUAGUUUUCACCACCGGUAACUGCUUAUGCAAUGCGCCGUUGCAUUCGAGGGCCGACGUUAUUCGUAAUCCAUCGGAGCAAUCCCAUCAUAAUCCAUCGUAAAUUGUUUCAGACAUCAGUUGAUACAUAUGCGAAGGUCAUCGAAAUCUAUGACCGUGAUCGAGACUUGAACUCAGGAAGAGUGCUCCACUCUCACCUAAUUAUUAAUGGGUUGAUUCGUCGCACCCAUAUCGCUUCUAAGCUUAUAGCAUUAUACGUUGUUUGUGGCAAACUAAACAAUGCACGAAAAGUGUUCGACAAAAUUCCUGAAACAAAUAUUCGCCGUUAUAUUGUCCUUAUUGGGGCCUAUGCUCGAUAUGGAUUUCAUCAACAGGCACUUAAUUUGUACAGAGAAAUGCAAAAAAUGGGUAUUAAGCCCAACAUAUUUAUCGUUCCUAGCGUUCUCAAAGCCUGCGGUCACCUCUCCGAUUCACGAAUAGGAGAGAAUCUUCACGCUAUGAUACUUAAACACUCGUUUGACUAUGACAUUUUUGUUAACAGUUCACUCAUUGAUAUGUACUCGAAGACUGGACAAGUAGAGAAAGCACGCGGGGUUUUUGAUACCAUGGAGGAAAAAGAUUUGGUGGCGUUUAAUGCUCUUCUUUCAGGCUAUGCUCAACGUGGAUUACCUGAACAAGCGUUAGAUUUGGUAGGGAAAAUGCAAAUAGAAGGAGCAGUAACACCUAAUAUAGUAACUUGGAACACUUUGGUAGCUGGGUUUUCUCAAAAGGGUGAUGAGGUAAUGGUUUCCCAACUUUUUAAGAAGAUGGUUGAUCGAGAGAUCAAACCUGAUGUUGUGUCUUGGACUUCAAUUAUAUCUGGAUUGGUGAAGAAUUUUCGUAAUGAUGAAGCAUUUGAUACUUUUAAGGAGAUGUUGGCUCAUGGGUUAUCUCCAACUUCAGCUACUAUGAGUAGUCUCUUGUCUGCCUGUUCGGUUGUGGCAAAUGUUGCGCGAGGGAAGGAGAUUCAUGGUUAUGCAUUGGUGACUGGUGUUGAAGAUAAUAUAUUCGUAAGAAGUGCUUUAGUUGACAUGUAUGCUAAAUGUGGAUUCAUACAUGAUGCCAGGGCAUUGUUCUUCAAGAUGACAGAAAGAAACACAGUAACUUGGAACUCAAUGAUUUUUGGGUACGCAAAUAAUGGAUUCUGCGGUGAAGCAAUUGAGCUUUUCAAACAGAUGAUGGAGGAAGACAACAAGAAACUUGAUCACCUGACUUUCACUGCAGUUCUCACUGCUUGUAGCCAUAUGGGCAUGGUUGAUCUUGGACAAAGUCUGUUCAACUUGAUGCAAGAAGAGUACAAAAUCAAUCCAAGACUUGAGCAUUAUGCUUGUGUUGUUGAUCUCCUCGGUCGAGCUGGAAAACUCACUGAAGCUUAUGACAUGGUUAAGACAAUGCCAAUUGAGCCAGAUUUGUUUAUAUGGGGAGCAUUACUUGGGGCUUGCAGGAACUACGGGAAUAUAGAUAUUGCUGAAAUAGCAGCUAAGCAUUUGAGGGAGCUAGAGCCUGAGAGUGCAGGCAACAAACUACUGCUAUCAAAUCUAUAUGCUGAUGCAGGUAACUGGGCAAAUGUAGCAAGGUUGAAGAAAACUAUAAACAGAAAAAAGUUGAGAAAAUUUCCUGGCUGCAGUUGGAUAGAGACCUGACAUGUAAUUAGUACAGAAUUACCUGUAAUAUUUGCUUAAAUGAUAGUAGAGUCAUUCUUGUAUCAAACAAUUUCAAGAUGAUUUUGUCACACAAAUAUAAAGUCAUGCCUAUUCCUUUA